AUGGCUGGUAGCAAUGGGUUUAGAGUAGUUUUAAACUCAUUAGGCAGAUUUGUUUUGCAGCGGCCUGCUAAUAAUACCAACCAUUCUAAUAAUAAUAUAGAUAGUAAUAAUGCACCAAAUAAUAUAGCAGAAGAGUUUGAAAAUGAUCCACUAGGUAAUGUUAGUUCUUCCUCCAGAAUAUCCACCUUACCGCAUGUUGAAGUGAGAAGUCGACGGUCCACCAAUACUUCUCGCAUGUUAGCACACAGGGCAUUUGAAACUCCUGCUGAAGCGGAAGUUAGAAGGAGGCGCAAUGCACAGCAGGUAGCUGCUGCGAGGAGAGUAGAGCAAGUAGGAGUACGAGAAGAGAGACUUGCACGUAAUGCUGAAAAAAGGAGGCAUGUCAGAGAAAACGCACGUAGAGUUUUUCAUAAUAUUGCAAGGGAUUUUGGUGUUGUUUCUCAAACUUCUGUACACACACUUGGUCCUAUGUCUGACACAUGUCCAUAUUGUUCCAGUAAAAAAUUUCAAAAUGAAGGAAAUUUUAAAUGUUGUCAAUCCGGUAAAGUAGCCCUUCCUGAAUUAAAUGAAUACCCUGAAGAGCUGACUCACUUGCUUACGGGAAGGGAGCAAUUAUGUAAAAAUUUUCAAACAAAUAUACGAAAAUAUAAUUCAUCUUUUGCUUUUGCCUCUCUAGGAGCAAAUAUAAGACCUCCACAAGGACAUGGGCCCCCUUGCUUUAGGAUAAGUGGACAGCUUUUUCAUCGGUCUGGCUGUUUGCAUCCUCCUGAAAAUGUUACACCCUCCUUCAACCAGUUGUAUAUAAUAGAUUCAACAGAAGCACUUAACAUUCGUUUGAAUAAUCCAGCAAAUGCCGAGUGUUUAGAAGAGGUAAUGCACAUGCUUCAUACUGUAAUGGAAAGAGAAUCUCCUUUCAGUGCAGCGUUCAAAAAUAUGUUUGCAGUUGAAAUGGAGGAAAAUCAACGAGCAGUGCGUGAAAAUCGCCCAGCUUCUCAAGUAACGAUGCGAAUGCUCGCUGGUGGAGAUAGGAGGCGAUAUAACACUCCAACUCAAGAUGAAGUAGCUGUGGUAUUUGUUGGCGAAGAUGGUGCACCACCGACCACACGAGAUAUUGUAAUAUAUCCAAAGGAUCGACCAUUAACUAAUCUCUCUACGAUGUCGGCAAAUGUUGACCCAAUGAUGUAUCCCGUUUUUUUUCCAAGGGGAGAUCCAGGAUGGUAUAAUAACAUUCUCCACGUUGAAGAACACCGCACAGCAAGACGUCAAACAGUAACAAUGUUACAGUUCUAUGUGUAUCGACUUGCAGUAAGGAAUAGCUUCAGUUCUAUUCAUUACGGCAAAAAAUUAUUGCAGCAGUACAUUGUUGAUGCAUAUACUAAGGUUGAAGGUCAACGUUUAGAUUUUAUACGCAGAAAUCAAGCGCAACUAAGAGCUGAGUCUUACCAGGGCUUGGUAGAUCAUUUGAGUAUCAGAGCUGACGAAAGACAGCUCAAUCCAGGACGUAUUAUAAUUCUUCCAUCUUCAUUUCAAGGUAGCCCAAGAGCAAUGCGUCAAAAUUACAUGGACGCAAUGGCCAUUGUUGCAAAAUAUGGAAAGCCUGAUUUAUUCUUAACUUUCACAUGUAAUCCAAAUUGGCCAGAGGUUAAAGACAAUCUCUUUCCCGGUCAAAGUCCAUGCGAUCGGCCAGACCUUAUAGCAAGGGUCUUUAAUUUAAAAUUGAGAGAACUUCUUGCAGAUAUACACACGCGAGGAGUACUAGGUAAAACCAUAGCUUAUGUUCAUGUAAUAGAAUUUCAAAAAAGGGGACUUCCACAUGUCCAUAUGCUUAUACAUUUGACUCACGAAGACAAGCUCCGCCAUGCUGAUGAUAUUGAUACCAUAAUAUCAGCGGAAAUUCCUCUUGAAAUAGAUGAUCCGCAAUUAUAUAAAACAAUAAAAAGUUGCAUGAUUCAUGGUCCAUGCGGACAUUUAAAUCCUGUUUCUGUUUGCAUGGUAGAUGGGAAAUGCUCCAAAGAAUUCCCUAAAGAUUUCUCAAAUUCCACAGUUUCAAAUCGUAAUGGUUAUCCAAAAUAUAGGCGUCGUGAUAAUGGAAGGACUAUUACUAUCAGAAAUUCAGAUAUUGAUAACAGAUGGAUUGUUCCUUAUAACCCUUAUUUGUCAAAAAAAUACAAUGCUCAUAUAAAUAUUGAGGCCUGUAUGACGGUUAAAGCUGUAAAAUAUCUUUAUAAGUAUAUAUAUAAAGGUUUUGACUGUGCGAAUAUUCAGAUAAACGAAAGGUUAGAUCAUGAUGAAGUAACAACUUUUCUUGAUGCAAGGUACGUAUCUUCUCCAGAGGCAUGUUGGCGUCUUUUUGCUUACAAUUUGCAUGACCAAUCACAUGUUAUAUUCAGACUAGCUCUUCAUUUGCCAAAUUAUGAAAGGGUUUACUUUCGUGAAGGUGAUGAAGCAGCUGCAGUUGAGAGAGCUGAAAAUCGCCUUUCUCAUCUCACUGCUUGGUUUCUACUUAAUCAGCAAAAUGCAAAUGCAAAUAUGUACUUAUACACUGACAUUCCGUACCAUUUUGUGUUUGAUAAAUCACAAAAUAAAUGGAAGGUGAGAAGAAGAGGGGGUGGUAAAAUUAUCAGCAGAAUGUAUUCUUCAAACCCUAAGGAAGGUGAAAGAUUUUACCUUAGAGUGCUAUUGCUUCAUGUUCCUGGUGCAACUUCUUUUGAAUUUUUAAGAACGUUCAAUGACCACUUGUACCCAACUUUUCGCGAGGCUUGCCUUGCAAGAGGUCUUCUUGAAGGUGAUGAUGAGUGGGAGAGGACGUUGGAAGAAGUGACUGCUGUCGGUUCUCCAAGGCAAUUAAGGCAAACCUUUUGUUUCUUACUUACCCAUUGUGAUUUAAACAAUCCACUACAGCUGUGGCUGGAUAACCGCAUGGGUAUGAUUGAAGAUUUCAGUCGUACUAUGGAAGAAGUUAAUGCAGAACUUGCUGCUCUAAGCAAUAUAGCAACAACUAUCAGACAAUCAGGUAAAAGUCUUGCUGAUUUUGGCUUACCAGAAGUAGAAGAACUUCCAGCAGACCCAGAUCCGGAUUUGGGUUUGAUAGCUCAAGACGUAGCCCAAAUUCGACCUACAUUAAAUCGUGAUCAGGUGAAUGCAGCAGAUACCAUUAUUGGCGCUGUAACAAAUGUUUGUAAUGGUAAUCCACAGAACUCCCGCUUAUUUUAUCUAGAUGGUCCUGGUGGCACAGGAAAAACAUAUACUUACAACUACAUUAUAAAAUAUUUGCAAAGUAGGGAGAUAAAAGUAGCAACCUGUGCUUGGACUGGAAUAGCUGCAACUCUUUUGAAUAAGGGUGUCACUGUACACUCUUUAUUUAGGCUACCCGUUCCUAUAGUGGAUACAAGUACGUGUAAUUUGUCUCCUACAAGUCAUCAAGCUUUAUCUUUAAGGGAAAAAGAUCUUAUUGUAUUUGACGAGUGUAGCAUGAUUCCAAAGUAUGCUUUACAGGCUAUUGACACUAUGCUUAGAGAUAUUACCAACGUCAAUCUCCCUUUUGGAGGAAAAGUUGUUCUUUUAGGCGGAGAUUUUAGACAAAUUUUACCUGUAGUCAAAAAAGCAAGACCUGCAGAAGUGAUUGAUGUAUGUUUAAAGAGCUCAUAUAUAUGGCCAUUAAUAACUUCUUUUCAACUACGGUUAAAUAUGCGAGCCGGACUACAAGAGCAGGAAUUUGCAGAUUGGCUUUUGCAGCUUGGAAGUGACCAACUUCCCACAAAACCAGCUGAUCCUUUUAGGGACUGCAUAGAAAUACCUCCUACUUGUGUAUUAAAAAACAGUGAAAAUCUCAUCGAUAUCAUGUUUGAUGGCAUUAUUAUUGAAGACUAUUCGUCGAGAGUUAUAUUAUCUGCGACAAAUGAAGAUACGUUGCAGAUAAAUGAUGAAGUUCUUGAAAAGAUCCCAGGGGAUGUAAUAACAUACAAUAGCGCUGACUCUGUUGUAGCAGAUGAUGUUGAAGAACAAAAUUUGUAUCCUUUAGAGUUUUUAAAUUCUCUUACUCCGUCAGGUAUGCCACCACAUUCUCUUAAACUAAAGGUUGGCGCGGUAGUAAUGCUGUUAAGAAAUCUUGACUUAAAAUCAGGAUUGUGUAAUGGCACAAGGUUAGUUGUGCGCCACUUAAGGAUAAACACAAUUGAUGCAGAAAUAUUAACUGGUAUAGCGCAAGGUCACAGAGUUCUCAUUCCAAAGGUUCAAUUAACGCCUUCUGACACUGGCUUACCUUUUCAGCUCCGAAGGCGUCAGUUUCCGUUGCGAUUGUCAUAUGCAAUGACAAUUAAUAAAGCACAAGGACAAACCUUUGAAAAAGUUGGGAUUUUUCUCCGAAGACCUUGCUUUUCUCAUGGUCAACUUUACGUGGCUUUUUCAAGGGCGCGUUCAUUCAACGAUAUUAAAGUUAAAGUGUUAAGAACAGACAAACAAGGAUAUGUUUUAAAUAAAUCCUACACAAAAAAUGUUGUUUAUCAGCAAGUACUUUAG